AUUCUCGUGACCGCAUAAAUAUGGCGAAAUAGUUUCUGGUGUACUUUGCCAAAGUAAAUGAUGUGUCAAGUCGUGUUUUUGUAACUUAUCGAUCGUAACUUUUUAAACUUAUUUUACACAGCAAUAGAACCGAAAUUCUGACUGCAGGAAAUAUGAUGAAUAUGAGCUCUGAUGUUGGAGCAGAGAGUCAUUUUAUACUUGAUGCCGACGAAGAUGAAAUUGUGAAUAUAUCGACAAUAUCGUCGGCGAAUCAAAAUGUAAACAAUACUACGAGCACACCACCGACGUUACCUAACCCUACGGCAUCUGAUUCUUACCAACUAGCAUCAGAAGUUCAAGUUUCUUUCGCUCCACAGAUUCAUAACCAUGGUAACCAUAAAUCUGACAGUCAUUCAGGACACAGAGGAGCACCACGUUCUCCAACAAGAGGCAGUGGUCAAGGGUUCAAAGAAAACUCACCACUUUUAGGACCAAAAUCUGAUUUUGAACACUCUGGUGAGUGGAACCAAUUUCCUGAUGACCCUGCUUUUGAAGAAUCAGUAUUAGCAGCCGAACUGGCCAUAGAGGCCAAUUGCUUCCCUGAAAGAAUAUACCAGGGUUCAAGUGGAAGUUAUUUUGUUAAAAGUACUGAAGGGGUAAGUUGUGUUCUUUUUUAAUAUAAUAAAGUUAAAGUUAAUUAAAGUUAAAGUCUUUUUUUAAACAUUUUAUUUAUCGUAAGGGCCAUCCAUAAUCUAUUAUAUUUGGUGUACAGAGUACCACAGGGGUCCGUUUUUGGCCCGAUUCUAUUCACAUUGUAUACCAGACCACUGCUCCUCUUGCUUGGGAGGCAUGCUGUUGAGAGCCAGUCAUUUGCAGAUGACACGCAGCUAUACAAGCAUACCCAUCCUUCUCUUGUUGAAUCCGCUGUCCAGACUUUGCGGGGGUGCAUUGAUGAUGUCAAGUCAUGGAUGACACUCAGCAAGUUGAAGCUUAAUGAUGACAAAACGGAAGCACUCCUCAUCCACAAUCACACAUCAUCCUCUACCUCAACUCUUCCUACCUCAUUUCAAGUAGGUAACUCUGACGUACGGUUUACACCCUCUGCUAGGAAUCUUGGUUAUAUUCUUUCUAACAACAUGUCUCUCGAUAAACACAUAUCUCACAUUUGUCGUUCAGCAUACACCACUAUCCGUCAGAUCAGCUCCAUACGCCACUACCUCACAGUUAGCGCUACAAAAACUCUAGUCUGUGCUCUUGUUCUCUCUCGUCUUGACUAUUGCAACUCUCUUCUGUCAGGUUCACCAAAACACUGCAUAGAAAAACUGCAGAAAGUUCAAAACUCAGCUGCUAGGCUAGUUUUAAAGGCAAAAAAACGUGAUCACGUCACUCCACUACUCCAUUCCCUUCAUUGGCUACCUAUACAGGCACGCAUCGACUACAAGUUGUCUGUUCUCUGUCACAACUUUUUCUUGGAUUCCUGCCCUUCCUAUCUAACCGAACUUCUUUCUGUCUAUUCACCCCUUCGACAGCUUCGCUCCUCUGCAGACACGCGUAUUCUGUCCGUUCCCAAGACACACACUAAAACAUAUGGUGAACGAUCUUUCUCUUUCUGCGCCCCCAAACAAUGGAAUUCUUUGCCACUAAACAUACGCAAUAUACCAACCACCCAGGCCUUCAAAACUGCACUAAAAACAUAUCUUUUUAAAUUAUACUACCCUGACUGAUUCCCCUCCUCUGACCGAUAAAUGAUCUUGCUGGCUGCCGUCCAUGGUUUGCCUUGUAAAAGCUAUGUGGUGGGGUGGGUGAAUAUACAUUGCUGUUCUUUAUUUCAUAAAUGUAUUUUAUUUUAAUGUCAUGAUUAUAUCUCUUUUGAUUUAAUUUUUAUGUACAGCGCAGUGAGCCUAGCCCUAGGCUGGGGUACAGCGCUAUAUAAGACGUCUUAUUGUUAUUAUUAUUAUAUGAAAUUAUUGUCAUCAUGUCAUAAGAAUUGAUAUACUAACUCUAAUUGUAGGGCCUCCUAGUGCCAGGGUCGGAAACCUUUUCAUGGCAAAGAGCCAAAUAUUAAAUUUUGAUCUAGUUCUAAGUGAUAAUUAGUAUCCAAGAGUGACAUAAGAAGGAUCAAAGAACUGCAGGUUUCUGACCCCUGGCUUAGUGGCAAUAGGCCUAAUUAGUGUGCAUAAAGUGCACACUGCACACUUUUACAUUAUAUUUGGAUGCAGUGGCUGUGGUCUAAACUUGAGUCAAUGUCAAGCUAGUGGACUUGAGAGCAAAAAUAUCACCAGCACCCUUGGUGGAUGAGACUCAUUAACCUUGGAUUGCAAUUCAUCAAGAGAAGGUAAACUUAGAGAUGGAGUCCCGUACGUGGUAUAACAUUGACACAAUGAAAAUUUAGACUAAUCCUGCAAUAUAGAGUGCUUAAAGAGCACAUUCAAGACACACUGCUGGUCAUCUACUACAUCUUGGUCUAUUUCCAGUCGCCUUGACCAAGUCUUGCGAUUGGAUCAAAUAGGCAAGGAUGAGAGAGUGAGGCUGCCAAAUUGAGCAACUCUCCCUCACCUGCUUAGACAAAAUACAGCUCAAUUUAAGGCUACGAGUCAAGUCAAAAAUUGCCUUGGUCAUCAUUGUGUGCAAAGGACGAGCAAUAAUAGUAUUAUAAUUUAUCAACUGUCAAAAUUCUGUAGUUCUAUGACUUUGAAUCAUGUAAAUUUAAGUAGAUAAAUACUCUUUCCUUCAUUAUCUAUGUUAAUUUUUUUAAAUCUUAAAAAUCUUAAAUAUAAAAUUUUUCUUUUUGUUCUAAAAUAAAAUUUCAAAUAUUAAAUAAAUAAGAUAAAUAUCUUUCACUUACAAAUCUUCUCAAGCACACAAUGUAACAUGGAUGAGGCUGUAUGAGUAAAGGCGAAACUCCUUAUAUUUUAUUCAAAUUUGUUUUUUAUUUGCUCCUAAGUCUAUUAUAAACAUGGAAACAUAAAAAGUGUAUUUUUUACAGACUACUGCCUCGUAGGAAGUGGGGAGGGAUCCACAAAGGCUAGGGAACUUUAUCCAAAAAUUAAGGCAGCGACAUAGAGAGCUGUAAGAGGUAGCCCCCCCCCCCUCCCACACACUCCCUUGAUGGUUGUGUGCAGGGCUAACAACCAAGCCAUGUAAAAAAAAAUGUACAAAAUGUUCACAAGUUAUCUUCAAAAUUAUUUUUAUGUUCAUUAUAAUUUAUGUUACUGAAAUCAUUUUUAUGUGAGGACCUCUUGUAACUUUAGUUCCAAAGGUCAGUUUAAGAAAAUGCAAGUUUCAAAAAGCCAUAAUUUAUUUUUAGAAAUUGCUCAUGUGUCUUGUUUUUUAAAAUGUUUUAAUCACUUUUAAUUUAAUCUGCAACUAUAUAUUUUGGGGAAAUUGUUCUCCUGCACUUUUCUGUACGUGUUAGAUAUAUAUAGGAAUUAUAUUUUUUUAUUUAAAAAAUCAAUUUAAGCCCAAGGCUUUAUACUAGUGUCACUUGCUCUACUUCAGGAUAAUAAUUCCACUAUUCAAAUAAUUUAUUUAGGCUUAUAAAGUUUUGUUUGUGGUUCCUGAAUAUAGAUUUUCAACUUUUUGCAAUCUGCUAUGCGUAAUGAACCUUCAUCUUAGGGCCAGUUCACCAACAAACUCUCCCCCCCCCCCCCCCAGAACAGUUUGACAUUAAUUAGUAUGUGUGUUCACUGAUAGACUCUAUGUUGUCUAGGGGAACAAUACUAUUUUAGAGUAUACUUUACUAGCCAGCAAUACUUGGUCUAAUUAAGUGCAAAGUCAAUGCUCAACUAUCAGUUCACAAAAUGCCCUCUAUAAAAUCCUCACUACACUGAAGUAAUAUUUAGACCACUCACUAGACACUAACUGUCACUGACAAAGUAGGACUUGCACUUUUCACACUAAAAUGAUAACCAACUUGUUACCCGUGUUACACAGCGUUUAUUUCUCUCAUUAUUUAUUGCCAUUUACACUUCGACCAAUCACAUACCAAGCCCUCAGUAAGACUAGGUAAUGAAUUCACCAACCCCCCCCCCCAAACUCAUUCCAUCCACCACCCAGCCAUGCUCACAAAACUAGUUCAUUAGACUAGGUAAUGAAUUCACCAACCCCCCCCCCAAACUCAUUCCAUCCACCACCCAGCCAUGCUCACAAAACUAGUUCAUAGGGGUCGUUCGCGAAUGACGUCACACAAAAAAAUGACCUUUUCAGACCUCCUCCUCCCCCCCGUCACAAAGUGUCAAAAAUCCUUUACACCCCCUCCCCUUAGUCACACCUAAAAAAAUUCAAAUCAUAAAUAAAAUUUUCAUAACUGAACUAAGACUUUAUUUUAUUCUUUAACAUUUUCCCAUAAUGGAUUAAGAUGUAGUAUUAUUAGAAACUGUAAAGUGGCCAAAACAGUUUUUGCUUCAUUUUUGGAUAUGUGCAGAAGCUGUGCGGGACUAAGUUUCACGGUACCUAUGGUACCAGAGAAAAUUUUGACCUCUAAUUCAUGUUUUUAAAAUUAAUUGAAUAAAGAUUUUUCAAAAUUUUAGAUUUUUAAUUUUUUUAAUUUUGUGACGUCACAAAUGUUUUUGACUCCACCCCUGUCACGAGUGUCACAAAUUCUUAAUCUGCUCCCCCCUCCCCUCCCCUGAGCAUGACGUAAUUUGCGAACGACCCCAUUACACUUUGUACACCUGGGUAAUAGUUAAUAUAACACAAUGAUGAUUUCUGCAAAACUCUUGUCUCAUUUUUAUGACAUUGUUUUUAAGAAAUACUGUGCAUGUCCCUUAAAUGCACAUACACAGUUAUUUUAAUGUUGCAAGAAUUAGAGAGUACCUUGCUAUAUUAGAUGAUAAUAGUCCGAUUUCAUUUUUUAUUCUGGCAAUCACAAUAGUUCUUUCCAACACCACCACCCUAACCCAAACAACACAUUUACCAUGGUUCUGAUUAUUGAAGCUAAUUUAAUUUCUGUUAGUGUGCACUUUUCUUUUAUUGAUAUUAUUAUUAAUGAGACUGGGAGAGCUAUCUAUUUUAAAACUAUCUGUGAUUUUAAAAAAAAAUGACUCUUGUAGGUUUACCUCAGUCCCUCCACACAUGAAGACUUUUAGAUACAAAAUAUUUAUUCACAACUUUUGAUCCAGUUUAAAGUAUAAUACUUUUUUCAGGUUUCAUAUUGAGAUUUUGCUUAUUGCCCCUUCCUCAUUAUUUAUUAUCUCUUAUUAUAAUUUCUUCGGCCAAUUACUUUGUCAUUGGGAUAAUUCUUGUACGGCUGCAUGCAUGGUGAUGUGUUGAAAAAUUAUAUCAGUGAUAUGAUUUUAUAACUUUUUAAGGCAGAUUUUAUAUACAUUUUUGUAUCCAAAUGGCGUAGAUUUAUUUAAUAUUAUACUGUCAUCCCUCACCACUUCACGUUUCAAAGAUAGCGGCUUCACUCUCCUGCGCUUUUUUUUCACUUCAAAUAUAAAAUGCAUUCAUUAAAAAGUUGAUUGAGAUAGUGAAAAUGAUACAAUGGGCACUGGAUUGUCUGAGUCAGUUAUACAAGCCUGUAUCACAAUUAAAAUUAAUGUAAACCUUAACUGUAGCCUGUAUAUUCGAGCACCCCCAGAGGGUCUAAUAUUAAAAACUGUAUUUAGAGAGUCAUGAACAGGUUUCCUAUGCUCUAACUUCGAAAAUAUUCUAUCUAAUAUUUAUAAAUGAAGAACCACACUUUGCGGAAAUUCACUUAUGGCUGUUUGCCAGGCACUGCUUAAUUGAGCUGAGAUCAGUACAAAUAAUGUCAAAUAUACUAUAUAUACUAAUAAUUAUAUAAAAAUCCAGUAAAAGUGGGGAUGUCAGAGUAAAAGACCUACCAAAUACCUUUGGUUGGUUUUAUGUAUAUAGAAUUAUAUAAUAUAUAUGAUUAUAUAAUAUAUAUGAUUAUAUACUAUAUAUGAUUAUAUAAUAUAUAUGAUUAUAUAAUAUAUAUGAUUAUAUAAUAUAUAUGAUUAUAUAAUAUAUAUUAAAACAAUGAUAACUUUUUUUUGUACAUAAAUUGUACUACUAAUUGUAAUACUGUAAUUAUAUUGUUCUUGUACUAGUACUAGUAUAUGAAUGGUAAUUUAUAAUUUUAUCAUCUGACUGUCUUCAAUUCUUUCAAUGUUAUGAUAAUAUUAAAGUAGCAUAUAUCAUAUAUGAAGUUUAGAAAGCCAAAUCAAUACCAGUUGACUAUACUAUCUAUCAUUCCAGAAGGGGCCCAAAAUUAUGUAAUCUUAAAAAAUUACUCUUCCAGGAAAUAUUUUAUUGACCUCCCUUUAUCUGAUUCGACCUUUGAACUUUUGAUGACGGCAACACAUUAAAAUAAACAGCCGAGUUGGACACACUUCCUGCCUUCUGUUCAAUUGUGUAGCAGAUUGUUCACGUCGCACAAUAAUAAAAGCCGGCCCACAACACAUCCUUUUUGUGUUAAAAUCUGUUACCACCAGGCUCGUUAUAGCAGGUGGUAUAUUUAUUCAGGACUAGCACACGACAGCAGGCGCUACUACCGGGCGAUACCGAUUUCAUGAUUUCAUUUUUAGGCAUUACUCAGGCCCCAGGGUCUGACUGAACUAAAUUCUGUAAAAUUAAUAAUAAAUUAUUCCAUCUGAUUCUGUGUGGUGAGGACUCAUUUCAACUUAGAAUAAUUAAAUGAUAAUAAAUGUCCAGGCCUUAUUUACUGGCCGUGAUAGGCUUUUAUUUGUAUCAUAAAACCCAUAUGGUGUAGAGAGAAGUAAAAUAUUAUACUUUGUAUACCAGUAUAAAACCUGCUUCUACUUCUAUAAUAAAUUAUAAAUAACUAUCCAUUUAAUAUGAUUUAACUUAUUAUUAAUUAAUUAUAUUAAACUAUAAAAAUUUGAGUUUGAUUGAUAAAAUCCUAGCCUACCAGUCUCAACAAGCCUGUUAAUAUUUACUAUUAGUAUUAGUAUAGUUAUACAUUUUUGUAUCCAAAUGGCGUAGAUUUAUUUAAUAUUAUACUGUCAUCCCUCAUAGUGUUACCCAUAAAAAUAAUAAUUAGACUCCAUUUUUAUUGUUAAACUAAACCCUAACCUGAACCUUCAGCUGUGCUAAUUUUUACCUACUUAUACUACUGCUACUACUAUUAAUUCACCCACUGCUAUUAAUUCACAAUCACUGUGCUGGAUUCUCAGAAGCUUCCAUGACCACUCUCAGGAACCACUGCAUUUUAGUACAUUAGUGGUCAUCAAGCAUAGGGCUCAUAUUCAUACUUAUGGGCUUCUUGAUUAUCAUUCUUGUUUCGUAAUAAUAAUAUUAUUAAUUUUAUUGGCCUGUGUGUUUCAGAAAUGCAAAUUAAAAGUUAAUAUUAUUGUUUUCAAUAGUGAAGAUGCUGUCUGAUGCCUUUGGCUUUAGUCAUGAUUCAUGAAAAUGAAAUGACAUUGGUUAUAAAUCAGACAGUUUUGUUAACACUAUUAAAUGUCAAAUACAAUGAUGACAGACAUUAAGUCAGACAAAGCUAAAAUUAUCGAUAGACUAGAAUCAACUACUGAAUUAUCGGAAGUACCUGUUAACAAUUCAACGUCGAGUACAUCUUCUCAAGUUACACGCAAUUUCGUCGACUAUGAAUCCAUCAGUGGCCCAAUAAGUUAUAAUAAUUUUCCAAAGGAUCCUGACUUUGCAGCAGUUGUUCGAGAGGUUGAAAUAGGACUUGACCAAGGUAUUAAACCAAAGCUUAGUGAUAAAGGAACAAGUGGAUGUUAUUUUAUGCAAGAUCAAGAUCAGGUACGAUUAUUACAUUUUUGUUUGUGUUCUAUUAUCUAAUUAUAUUUUAUGGUGUGCAGCACUGUUUUUCAACCUUUCUAUUGGAAUGGACGUAGAGCGUUUAGAUUGUUCAUGGAACCCCAUGCAAAGACACAAAAGCUUGUUCUCUUCCAAAGGGUCGGAAGCAUCAUUAUUCCUAUACUUAGUUAUGCAUUUAAAAAAAACAUUGGUUAUUGCAGGUGUGUAACACUGUAAUUUUACCCCAAAUAAAAAAUAAACUCAUUUCGCCAGAAUAGCAGGUUUUACGAGUUACUAAGUUUCUUUAUUGCAAUAGCGAACUUUAAAGUUUGAAAUUUGUGCUUGGUGAUGUCUACAAAGCAAUUGAAUUAAUGGCUGAAUGUUUUUAAAUCCUCAUCUUAUUUAUUUAUUUCUAAGUGAUACAUGGAAGACAACAUUAUUUGUUUCUACUAACCCAAUUAUGCGCAUUUCAUGCUUUAUUUAGGUGAAGUAGAAUAAGUAUGAUUUAUUUGCCCUGCUUGCUUCUAAACAGUUACAUUUAAUUUCUUUAUACAGAUUAAAUUUAACUAACAUUGAAAUAGAUAAGGAGAGAACCUUAUCCUAUUUCUAUAAUUGUAAUAAUAUAGGAUUUGGCUUUUUUUGCUUGAUGAUCAAAGCAUGACUAUGAAUUUUUAAAAUCUUAAGUGUGUCUUAUUCAUGGAGCUGAUAUUAGAAAUUAAAAUCAUUUUUUAGAGAUAUAAAUGGUAAAUUAAAUGUCUUCAUGCUUUGCAAACCUGUCUCAGAAAUUUAACAAACCAAUAAUUUGCCAUUUCUUACUAUUCUUAUUGGUGUGACUUUUUAAAAAUAAACAUUUCUAGUUUGUUUUUAAAGGUGCUGUAAUUCAACUGUUGCAACCACUGCUAUUUUCUGUAGGCACCUGACUUUUUUAAUCCCUUGUCAAGUUUGUUUCCGUCUGUCCCCAUUGGUGGUUUAGAUUUUUUACACAGAUUUUACUUUUUCCCUAAGAAUAGCUGCCUUACUUGACUAAAAAGUCCUUUCCAGCUGGCUAUUUAUGCAUAGCUAGGGAAGAAUUUGAACUCAAUAUACUCUUGGUCCAGGCAACCUUACCAUUGCACCAAAGCUCCAAGAAAGAGUUACUGAGUUAAUGUUAAGGAAACCUUUGCUUUAAACAUGCUUAUGUUGUCAUAUAGCAGCUCAGAGCCAGGGGUGCAAGGAUUAAAAUGGCACAAAACAGCUGGUGACAUCAAAAGAAAUAAAUCAAUUGUAUUUAUAAAUAAAAUUAAAGUACAAAGAUUAUCCCAUAAGUAGGGUUGAAAGCAGUUUCCUAAAAGUAAAUUUUAAAUGAAAUCCCACUACAUAUUUAUAUAAAUAUUAAUGUUAUGGUGAAUCUCAUGAUUGCAAAUUUUACUAAAAUCAAUGAAAAUUGUAUUGCGACUGUUCAGACUUGCAUUCUAGCUCUCUCCGAUUAUUUACAUACCACAUAUUCAUGUGAUAAAGCCACAUUUUUUGGGUAAUGUUUUAAGUGAAUAGGAUUAGGUAUUUCAGCUUAUGAGUGAAUCAGUUGAUAUUUUUAUAAUUUUCUUCUGGUACAUUAAUAAUGACAUUUUUAAUGGAGAUCACAGAGGUCCUACAAAAUGCUCUAUAAUAUUCAAAUAGGUUUUGAGCAGCUUUAAAUAUUAAUAAAUUAGACUUACCUUGUUUGUGUAAUAGAUUCAUUGUCUUGUUUUACAAGAAUAUCUUAACAAUUUUUAAUUCAUGCAAUUUAAGCCAUUGUUUACCACGUAAUGUAAAAACAUUUAUACAGGAAUUAUAUGGCGCCACUAUUCAGUUGUUUUCAGCACUGGGAUAAACUUAUUAUUUUGUGGGGUUGGCUUAUUAGUGGGCCAUACAUUUUUCGGGGUUGACUUAUGAAAGAAGAGUCUUUAGAAUGAGUAUCUGCAGUAACUUAACCAUCACUCAAUUGUGUUACAUGAGUUGGAAAUAAUCUUAGUACAUUAAAGAUCACCAAUAACAUUGUAAUUAUAGAAAUAACUAUUUUUUAAUGAAUUUUCCUACUUACUGAAAUAGUUAUUAUCUUCAAGUUUGUGUAAGCAGAUAAGCCUGGCUGCUGUCAGGUUGCAUCAAAAACAAGAGAAAAAAACAUCAGCUCUCAAAACAGAGGGAAGUUUGUCUUUUUCAACAGCUUCUUCCUCUUGUGGUCUGGGUUCAUUCUCUUCAAUCGUAAAUGAAAAUGUUUCAAAAUAUCAUGCUGAGAAUCUCAAACUGUAAAGAUUCAGCUGUCCCCAUUGAAACGACUAUGCAUGUGAACUUUCUGAUGGUAGAGAGCCCUGUUGCGAGAGCCAGGAAGUAAACUAUUCAGACCCUACAAAAAUGUGCAGAUUCAUCUGAUCAACUACAAUGUUUGUAUUGUAUGUAGAGUGUAGAGUUUGGACAUGAGCAAGAGGAGUACUACUUACAUCUUUUUAAGAUGUCAGAUUUUAAUUGUGAUUGUUUUUUAUGGAGCCUCUUACAAAUGGAAAAAGAGUGCAACAGCAGGGGGCGCUGCACAGUAAGUCAAAUGAUGCAGUGUGUUUCCUUUCAUGUUAACUCUUGCCACCCAGACGUUAAUAAUGUUUAUUUAUAAGUGCAGUGGAAGUAUUAUGUGGAGUGACUUGGAAUUAAGACUGAGUUCAGGAAAAAUUAUUUGGUGAUUAUAUUAUUCCAAGUCUUCCUGAGACACAGAAACACGAGACACGUUUUGAGAUUUAAAAAAUUUACUAAAUAUAGAAAGUACACUUCUCUACACUUGUGGGAAGAUAAAGAUACAAAAAUUCCCCAGUGACAUGCAACUUCAUGCCAGGAAAUAUUCUCCUUAUUAAAAUAUUUGGUCUGCUUGAUGUACUUGAAAGCCAGGUGGACUUUGUACUCGGCAGACAUACACUUUUUUUUAAUGAUAUCAACACUUUUUUAAUAAAUGAUAUCAACAUUUUGCAUUUAAGUUUUAUCAUGGAUGCCGUAAGAACACUUGAAAGGGUUGUGCUUCAAGGCUUGUCUUAAAAAUGCUAAUCAAGUGUACUCAAUAACAUCAUAACUGAUUUAUUGUUGUUGAAGGCCCAAAAAGUCAGGCUGUAAUUCAGUUAUAUAUGUAGUUUUGUGAUUUUAAUGUCAAUAUCUUAUUGUGUCAAUGGUGUAAUUGAAGAUUUUUUUUUAUUGCUUAAGCAAAGAAAUUUAAGGUUCAAUGGGCUGUAAUUUCUCUUUUUUAAUAUACAUUUAAAUAUAUAUAUUUAACUGAAUUCUUAUCAUUGUAUCUUGAUAAGGGAAAAUGUAUUUAUGGAUGAAUGUUUUGAAACCGAAGGUGCACAAAUUGUUUUUAGGCUGAAGGCACCAUUUAGUCUCACUAUUGUCAGGUGACAGGUGGUCAUUAAUUUGCCAUUUAUAAAUGGAAUUACCACUUUACUUAUUCAAUGACAACUAUAUAAUUUGUGGGUGAUUAAGAGUAAUAGUAAAGUGAAAUAACAUUGCCCUUUAUUGAUUAUGAUUCACUGUAUAUGUAAAUGUAAUAACUAGUUUUCAGCUUCUUGCUGAUUAUAUAAUAUUAUAUUAAAUAGAAAAUAAUGAUAUAAUUUAUUUAUUUUUGUAUCAAUUUUGAAACAGAAAAUAAUAGCAGUAUUCAAGCCAAAAGAUGAAGAACCAUAUGGGCAUCUUAACCCCAAAUGGACAAAGUGGAUGCACAAACUUUGUUGUCCUUGUUGUUUUGGCAGGAGUUGUUUAGUUCCCAACCAAGGUUACUUAUCUGAAGCAGGAGCAAGUCUUGUUGAUCAGAAACUGGGACUCAAUGUAGUACCUAAAACCAAGGUUAGUAUUUGUUCAUAUUGACAAAAUUGUGUCUUCGUUUAAGAGUUAUGACACUUUAAAAAUAAAUUUGGAUGACACAUCUCACCCACUUCAUCACAGAUACCUAAGAUCAGCUCGAUUAGGGAAUAUUUUUUCCUCUUAAAAGUUAGGACAGAAAGAUAUACAGAUACAUUUGUUCCCCAGUCUGUGGGAAUUUACCAGCGUGCUCCCCCAAUGAUUACCAUAUCUAAAUGAUCACUAAUUACGUUAUUAUUGUCACUAAAGCAGUUCAUUUGUGGUUGAUUUAUUCGCUAGUGAAAUAAUUCAGAUGUCUUGUUUAACUUUUUAUAAUUGUAAAAUUUUAUCUUUGUUAAAAGUAAGUUUAUUUAUGUGCUGAAAAUGAAUACAUACAAUGUAAUCAAAAAACAUUUCCAUUUAUUUUGAUCUAUAAAGAAUCUUAUCUGAUCAGAGAUUUAUAAGUGAUAUAAUGUUCUGUUAUAUCUUGUCAUCACUUCAAAUUAAAGAACUCAUUUUUUUUCCUUCAGACUACUAUGAUUUUAAUUUAAAAAACUAAAGCUGAAAUUGAAACUUUAAUAAGAGAAAGCCUAUGCACCUCUUAAAUCCUCAUAAACAAUGCAUAACUGCAGAACUUUAACCUGUAAGUUCCCCAAUCUUCUACUUGGGCAAAGGAACUGAAAAGUGAAGAACAAUUUUGAAAAGUUUAUUUUUAAAAAGUAAUGGCAAAAGUAAAAAGGGGUAGAUUAAAAAUCAUCCCCAUGUUAUUGAUACUGAGAUUAAUAAUUUUCACAAGCCCAGACUAUAUUGACCUUAAGUGAUCUUUUAAAAAAAAAAAAUUAACACCGGUAUAUUUGGUUCAUCCAUUUAUUUGAGAUUAAAGCAUUUUUUCACUGAAGUACUUCACGUUUGUAAUUUGUACUAAAAACUGAACUGUAAUUUUGUCCUAGGAAGCUUUAUAAUUUGUUUUACAUUUUUUAUAGCAUGUUACAGUUUUUUUAAAAUAAAUUAAUAAAUUAUUAUGUGAUUUGUAAAAAUGGCCCAAAAAUAACACCAUUGUCUUAAAAACAGGCAAAUUUCAUUUCAUUGUGUAAUUUAAGAAAUACUUUUAAAUAACCCAUAAGUUCAAUUGAUUUUUUUUUUUUUGGUCCCAUAUGUCAUUUUAGAAGCUAAAUAUGUAGCCGAAUGUAUUUAAUUAAUCGCAUAUGGAACUUUAAUGGAUUUUUAUUUAACUUGGUGUGAAAUAUGUUUAUGAGCAUUUACCACUGUGGGUACGUUUUAAAGGCAAGGUCCCUGUAUCCUAUAAUGUUGACAUUACAUACACAACUUCCUCUUGCGACAGAUCCAUUACUUCGGUUAAUCUCAGACCUUUGUAUAUACAGUGGAACCUCUCAUAACGAGUUUAAUUCGUGCCAGACUCUUACUCGUUAAGCGAAUCACUCAUUAAACAAAACAAUUUUUCCCAUACAAAUCAAUAUAAAAUACGAUAAUGCGUUCCAUGCUGAAAAAAUACUAAUUUUUCAAAAAAAUGUAUUAACAUUUAUUCAAAUAAAAUUACUUAUGAAUUGUUAAGGAGUGUAACAACUUGGAAUACAAUUUAGAUUUGAAACAAAAAACGUAGAUAAAAAUAUGAAUUUUUGACAAAUAAUUAAUCCUUUUUAACUAGAAAACUGUCUAAAGACAUUUGUUUUUGCAGACGCUUCAAAAUUUGACGAAAAUGUGUUAUAACAUUAUCAUUGAAUAAAUUUGCAGCGAGAAUAGCCUCGCUCACACCUUGUUCUCGCUUUUCAAUGAUUUUACGUUUCAUUUCAACAGUUAUUUUUUCUCUAUUAUGAUUGUCUCUUGUGGUUUUCAUUUCAACAGUUAUUUUUUCUCUUUUAUGAUUGUCUUCUGGUGUUUUUUUUUUCGAAGACAUUUUAGCAUAGGUUAUUGCACUUUGCACAUAAAAAAAUUACGAAUACUGUCUGAAUACUAAAUUUGUAAAAACUGGUGAUCACACACGAAAACAAUACUCUAACAGACUAGUGCUAAACAUAGACUAAUGCAAUGGUUCUCGACCUUCCUAGUACCGCGACCCUUUAAUACAGUUUCUCGUGUCUUGGCGACCCCCCAGCAACCUAAUUAUUUUCAUAGCUGUAAGAAUUUGUGUUUUCAGAUAGUCUAAGGGGACCCAUGGGAGAGGGCAGCACUAUCCCCAAAGGGGUCAUGACCCACAGAUUGAGAACCGCUGGACUAAUCCCUCGGCGCAGAAGUCCCGGCUCACAAAUGAAUGUCAGGAAAAAGGGACUUCCCCUUUCUGCGUAACUUGUAAUGCGAAAUAUCGCUCGUUAAGGGAGCAACUUGUCACAUUUUAUUUUGCUCGUUAUGCGAAUUACUCGUUAUGAGAGGUUCCACUGUAUUUCAUAUUCUGUUACAUGAUAUUGAUUAAUUUUUUUUUACAUUUCAUCCCUACAGGUGGUGCGAUUAUCAAGUGAAACAUUUAACUAUAGUGCAAUAGACAGGGCAAAAGCCAGAACGAAGAGGAAUAUAUACAAGAAAGUACCGAUAGUAGGAAAGCAUUUCAACAGAAUAGGGUUGCCGCCAAAGGUAUUUGGCAUUACUCAAUCCUUCAUUUUGAUUCAGUUAAAAUGUAUGUGGGUUUUUUUUUUAUUGCAUUUAUUAUUGCAUUUAUUUUUUUUUUUGGAUUUUUUUUCUUGUGGGUUAGGGUUCACUGCUGAAUCAUUCAUCUGUCCAUUUCAUCUGCGAGUGAAAGCUGUUGGCCUGCAGACACAUUCUUUGUUUUGUUGCAUUCAAGCUUCAAAUAUACCUUUUGUUUUAUACAUGCAUUUAAUAGAUCAAUAAAUUUCUAGGCCUAAAUCAGUUUUAUAUAAGCAACUGAUGUUUUAUUCAAAUUCAUAUGAAAUGCAUUAUUUUAAAAAAUUAAUGUUUCCCUCAGUGCUCAUGCUUCAGCUGCCUUUAAACAUGAAAUGGUUGUAUAGAAAUAGACUUCAAGUUCUAGCCAUCAAUGGACUUAGUGUUUUUCCCACCUAGAAACUAUUUAUGCUCUCUCAUGCUGGAUAUUGAAAAUCUUGGUAUACAGGAUAUGGAUUUAUAACUAUUGUGAAAGAUAAUAUUGAUUUUCUCAUGGUCUACUGGCUUGUCAUUAUAUUUGAAUGACUUUAAUACAAAGCUUUCACAAGGGUUACACAGUCAAGUUUAGCAAUAAUUGUAUGUUUUGUUCAUAAAAGUUAAAAGUUCUUUCCUUACCAGAAAAUAUUGCCAUUGACUUUCAGUACAGUUUUUGUGCCAUGGUAACAACAGCCCCAUUGCAAACUUCUGUAUUUGUAUUCGCAGACUGGGUCUUUCCAGUUGUUUGUUAACGGGUUUAAGGAUGCUGAUUACUGGUUGCGUCGAUUCGACAACGAAGCCUUGCCGGAGUCUACAGCAAAGAAGUUCCAAAAUUUGUUUGAACGGGUUGUUGUAUUGGAUUAUAUAAUUAGAAAUACUGGUGAGUUCCUCUUUUUGCCCCUUGAUUACCACUGUCUCAGUCCUCAUAACACUUAAAAAUUGUAUCAUUCCUCCUUUCCCCCCCCCCCUCAUAUUUUAAGGAAAUAGUACCAAUAAUGCAUAUACUACAUGUUUUAGACUGUAAGCCUUGUCUGUAGUUUUUACAGUCAUAUUGGAAAUUACAUAUUAUGUUCAGAUUCAAUUUUUAUAAAUGACUUGGAGUUUUCAAGCGUAUAUGGUAGUGCUCGUAUACAAUUAUUUCUUAUAUGUGUUGUCAGGGUUAAUCUUUGUUAAGUUCCAGGUGAAGAAAAUGUAAUCUAUUAGUAAAUUAGAAAGUGGCCAUUAGUUUGAUUUUCAUUAAAUUAAAAUAAUUGUUUUGUGUACGUUUUGAUUCAAACAGCUUAAUGAUUAUUAUUGUUAACUUGCUUUUAAAUAUUUACAGACCGAGGUAAUGAUAACUGGUUGAUAAAAUAUGAACCGGCUUCUGCUAAGGCACCUAGUUCCAGCCAAACUGAUGAGGUAUGGCAUUUAUACAGUAAUCACAUAAGAUUUUUAAUUAUUUUGGGGGAUUUCAUUCUUGUUUACUUUCUAUUUUCAUUUUGACAUUAUAAUAAAUCUGCUUAAUAACAAUUCAAUACUUAGUGUAACUGCCCCAGCAUACCAUUAAAAUUACUGAAUAUUUUAAAACCCAUCAAUCCUAGGAAGAAAAAUUCAAUUAUAAUAUGUAUGCAGAAAUUAAAUCUGAUCUUUUGUAAUUAAUUUUUUUAUUUGAUUAAACUGUACAAUGUUGUCAAACUGGUCUCCCUUUAUAGGACUCUGAAUGGAGCAUGGUUGAAAACCCUGAGAUAUCUGUAGCUGCUAUAGACAAUGGACUGGCUUUUCCAUUUAAACAUCCUGAUGAGUGGCGAGCAUGUAAUACUAUACUACUUUGCUAAUAUUUCAAAUAGGCACAAUACUUAAUUUUGUAUAAGGAUCAUAAUAGGUCAAUAGGUUGUCACUAGCCUUUAAAAAAUGUUUUAUUUCAUCAUACAAGAAAACUCAAUUCAAACAUUUUUUCCCCUAUAAUGUUAAAAGGAUGGAAGCCUUAUACCUUCUUAUUGAUUUUAUUGUUUAGCUUGCCCUUGAGUGUUUUAAGGGCAAUUAGAGUGUCCAUUUUGUUGUUCAUCUCUCUGAUCCAGUUUUCUUUUUAUGGAUGGCAAAUGUGUUCACAAAAGAAAAUCCAUUUUUAUUUAAUAUCCUCUUAAAAUAAUAUUUCCUUAUAAAGGUUUGGAAUUAAUAUUGUAUGACAAAGUAAUUUUAUUUUUGUGUAUUUAAAUCCACAUUUUCUUUACAGUAAAUAUAAUAAUACACUUGAUAAGUAAAGAAAAACCCAAUUAAUAUAUCUAAUUGGCUAUACUCGGACCCGGGUCCGAGAAGUUAGAGGUUGGGAUUAAAAUUUAAUGUCAUUAAUAUAUAUAUAUAUAUUAUUGUACGGUUGUAAGACAAAAUGUGGUAUCAAAUGAAAGAUAAUUGAAUGGACUAUAUGUUUGUAAACUUAAUUCUUCAGUUUGCCAUUUGGGGUAGUUUAUUUUAGUUAAACUUAAGAAGUAAGUUUACAAACAUAUAGUUUGGACGUAAUAGUCCAUUUAAACAAAAUUUUGUCUUACAAACCCUAAAAUAAUUUUAAAUAUUUUUUAAUAAACCCAAACUCUAAUUUCGCGGACCCAGGUCCGAAUAGCCGCAGCCUUAAUAUAUAGUUAUUUAUUUUGACCUUUCUUUGGUCUUAUAUUUGUCUUCUAUUUAUCCUUUCACUUGAAAUCACAUUGUUAUUGCUUUUCCUUAGAUCCUUAUCAUUGGGCCUGGUUACCGCAAGCUAAAGUGCCCUUUUCUCAGGAAAUCCAGGAUCUUCUGUUGGGACAACUGUCUGACAUGAAUUUUGUACAAGACCUCUGUGAUGAUCUCUAUGAUUUAUUUAAAGUGAGUUUUCCUUGGUUGAUGCUAGGGUUUCACAUGUUACUUGUUAAAUAAUCUGCCAUUUUGAUGAUUAAUUGGUAUCAGUCUCUCUGAUCUCUGAUUUAUCAGCCUAUGGCCAUCAGAAAAUACUUUCCACAGGCUAGAUUUUAAUGUAUCUGGAUUUUUAUAAAGAAUGAGAAAUAUUUUUAUAUGAUUUUAACUAAUUUGUACCAAAACAGACAUGUGUAAGUCUCUUGCCUUCCCGCUUGUUUUCAAAAUCUCUCUUGUUUUCCAAUGGUUAAUUUUAUUGUUGCUCCUUCUGUGACGUUGUCUUAGUUAGUGCAACGAAAGGCAGGCUGGACACCGCAUACAUAUUUGUAAAAGUUCUAUUCCUUUAUAGCUAUAGCUUGCUUUGACAUGCCUUAGCUUUUAAUGUUUGUUUGGAUGUUGCCUAGCUGUUAGGCACAUGCACUUGAUUUUGGGUAGUUGGGAAGUUUUUGGUUUUGAUUGUGUUUAAAGCACUUAUUCAUCAUGAAGGGCCAUCAAAUGAUCCAAGCAAAGAAUGCCAAAGAGUUCAGAUCGAAUUUAAAGAAGUGUGGGUUUUAACAGUCCUUUUGCCAUGGCAGCAACUAGAAAAUUAAUAAAUACUCUUUCUCAGCUGGAUAAAUGGUAUGGCUGCUGGGCAGUGGCAACUUCUUUCAGAUUACGAAAGUACAAUCCAAAUUUACAAAAUAAAUAAUCAGUUGAUAUGGCAAGGUCCAUUAAUCUAAUAAUUUGCUUAUUAAUGCAACCCUUCUUGGCACAUAAUGGGUGGUAAUCACUUCAAAGCUGUCAGUCUCAAAAUCUUUUGCAAUUUAAAAAGAAACACCAAAAAAUUAUUGUUAAUACUUAACACUUUAUAAAUGGAUUGUGUUCUCAGAAUUAUGAUGAUAUUAAUCAUUUACUUGAACAUAGACCCCAUGUCUGUUUGCCAGGGUAUUGUGUUGAAAAUUUAUUUAUGCUUAACUUAAAACUAAGGUUUGUUGCAUUUUUAUGUAACGAGAACUUUACUGCUAGUAGUUAUAAAAUAUGUAGCUAUUUUUGGAGGGUUCCUUAAUGACGUAUGUCCAUUCUCAUAAAUAUUAAGUUAUUCUUAUAAAUAAAAUUAUAAAUGCUGUGUACAUUUUUGUACUGUGAAAGCAUAUUUUAUAGAAAUGUAUUGUAUAAGCAUUGGCAUAUCAAGCUAACUAUCAAGCCAACACUACAAUGUCUUCUUUAGUUUGAUCAGCUUAAUUCUGUUAUCUUUUUUGUAGCUCACACAAUAUUUUAGUCUUUCUCUCACCGAUUGUAUUCUCAUCUGCUAUUGGUUGGCCCUGACCUAGUCUCAGUUGUUUUGUUUUUCACUUAUCACAGAAUGACAAAGGUUUUGACCGUCAUACAUUCGAGAAACAGAUGUCUGUCAUGCGUGGUCAGGUAAGAGCUUUCAUACUUUAAUCUACAUCAGCUUUUCUCAAACUGCAUUGAACACCAGGUUGUGAAUAGUGAUUUAACAAAAAUAGCAUUACAACAUCAUAUUUAUGUAAAAUGCAAAUGGUUCAAGAUAUAAAUAGUUUGAUCUACAUUGAAAGGAUUGCUUUACAAUCUUUUUUUAAAAAUAUGAUUUGAUGGCAUCAAAAGAAUACUAGGUUUUUGUUUUAUAAUUAUAUAAUUUUUUUUUCCAACGUUUCAUAUUAUUUUAUAACAUAUAAUGUAUUGAUUAAAAAAAUUAAUUUAAUAAGAAUUAUAAUUUUGACAGAAGCAAAUUUAUGUUUGUCUCAACAGAUCCUAAACUUAACGCAGGCCCUAAAAGAUGGUCGUUCUCCAGUUCAACUCGUCCAGAUGCCAGUGGUAACAGUUGAACGAAAUAAGUCAGCAGUAGGGCGAACACGAGCCGACAGUGAAAUCUUCACUCAGAGCUUUUCUCACAGAGCUCCCUUCUUCUCUUGGUGCUGAACUUUGCAAGAGGUGGAAUUUAAAACAGCUUUUGUUUGUUACUAUUUUCAUAAAAAUAUGGACAUUUUGUUAAGGGCAUGCAAGCACACACAAAGAAAUUUCAAAACUCUUCUAGUUAAUUUAAAUUUGUUUGAUAAUAAAUGCUUGGCAAGAAAAUUGUAUGUCGCUGCAUGUGCAAGAUGGGGGUUAUGAGCAGCUGCCUUAACAGAUUAUUCAUCCCAAUUUUUAUAAUCAUUGCAAAUUUUUAAAUAAUUAAAACUUUUUGGGUCCAAAAAAAAAUUAAAAAAUUAUUAUAAUUCACCUGUUAUGACCUCUUCUUACUUAAUGUUAGUCUUCUUAUAUUAUGAAACCUGGGUUUAAGGUUCCCCUUUCAAUGCAUAAUAAUUCUAAAAUGUUUAACUUUAUUCAGUUGUUUUUUUAUUUUAAUCUCUCAUGAAUAUUUAACACAAAAGCUGAUUUUAAUGAACUGAACUUUUUAAUCAACAACUUUGAUCUCAGGGUCAGAAACAGAACUGUUCCAUUUUUCAUUUCCAAUUGAACACCGAUACAAGCUUUUUUAAUAUAUAAAAUAAAGAACUAUUUGCAAUAUCUUCAGGUGGGCCAAAAAGUAGUUACUUAGAUUAGCUCAGGGUGUUAGGCAGUGUGAUUUAAUGUCAUAAACUUCCGCUGUAAAUGUACAGUGAAUAUUUUUCAGUUUAAUUUAUUUCAUACUUACUAAUUGUAUAUUUGAUACUGUCUGGUGUACCUGUACAUAAGAUAAGAUUUGUCCUUGUGGAAAAACCACAAUGAUGAAAUUAAAGAUUGGUAUCUGUGUAAUAUGUUUGACAUUACAUGUAAUCUAGUCUAUUGUUAACAAUGAAGGAUGGGUAAACCCUUGUUGAAAUACUUCAAGAAUAUUGUUUUGAUUUUAUUACUCAGUGAGAACAUCAGUGGACAAAAGUGAUUUAUAAUAUAAUUCUAAAUUAGUUCUUAUUCUUGUUGUCCCACUACCAUAGCUAGUAAACAGCUUGAAAGACUUACACUUCUUGAAUUAGUAAAAAUUAAUUUUUUAAAGUAGCUCAACCUGCAUUUGUUGUAAUGCAAUGCAUUCUAACCUGCAUUUAUUCUAAUGCGACGCAUACUAACUUCAACUAUUUAAUGAAAUCCCCAAAAGAUUUUUUUUUUAGCCAUUUAUUGCUAUUUAAUUUUCUUGUUUGAAUUUUUUUUUAUUCACAAUCAUUUAAAAGAUAC